AUGGACGACGCUCCUUCGCGCCCCGCCCUCCCCAUCAUCGACUAUGCGGACCUUCGCACUACUGCCGUGGCUGUCGCUCGCGCACUGGGCUCAACCCCCCACGACACAUCACAUGAUGUCGCCGACGAGUCAGGAGUUUCGGUAGAAGGCGACGAGCACGGCGUGGGUUCCGACCUGCCUCUCUCCAAUUCCAAGCGCCCUGUCUCCUCCUUUAUCAACGUGCCUCUGCCCUCUCGUCCUCUUCCUCCUCGCAGCACAGCGGCUGCUGCAGAGAGCAAGAGAGGCAUGCAGAGCAACCAAGGGGCGCUUUGCUGCACCUGCAGCAGCAGUGAUGGUGGUGAUGUGGGAUGUGACUAUGGGAGUGAGCCAAGGUGGGGAGAAGAGCAGCAGCAGCAGCAGCAGCAGAAGCAGCACCAGGAGAGAGGGGAGGUGCGUCUGGUGGAGGCGAUAGUAGGGGGCACAGGCAAGGCACGCUUAAUUCACUACCAUGCAUGGGGGGAACUGGAGUGGGGGAGUGGUGGAGCGGAGCAGGGAGGGAGGAGGCGGAAGGGGAGGGGGGACGGGGAUGAGAGUGGGUGUGGGCAGGUGAGGCAAGCUGGUCAGUGGCCUGUGUGUGAGCAUGUGCGGGGAGUGAGGGGAAAAAGAGGGGAAAAGGGAGGCGAGGCAAGGAAAGGGCACGUGGGACGGUGUGGUGGCACUGGUGUGUUGAGUGAGGGGUCAGAGCAGGCGGGACGAAAGCACGAGCCAAGACGAGAUCCAAGCCAGCAGCAGCACAGGCAUCAGCAGCAGCAACAGCAGCCACAGCAGCAGGCAAAUAGUUCUGAUGCUACCGAUGAUGGUGUGAGGGUAAGGGCAGCGGGACCUCCUGAGGGCCAUGCUGCUAUGGACUCACGAGGGGCCACCACAACCAGGCAAGGCCCUUCACGCCCCUCCAUCCCAUGCUGCUCGUCUCUCUCAUCCCACCUGCCCCUGUGGCAGCAGUGGCACUAUGACUACGGCCUGUUCACUGCCCUUGUUGCGCCCCUCUACGUGCCUGCUGCCUCCCCUUCUGACUUCCACCUCGCAUGCCCUCUCUCCUCUGCCUGCCCGGCUUCCUCCUCAGACCUGUUUCCCUCGACAGCAGCUUCAGGAGUCGCAUCUGAUUUUCUUAGCAGCAGCAACGGCAGCACCAGCAGCAGCAGCACCAGCAGCAGCAGCAGCAGCAGCACCACCACCAGCGCCACCACCAACAGCGCCAGUGUUGCCACGGCGGCAUGUGCGGGUCUGCACGUGUGGGACCCACUUUCCCGUUCACCGGUGCGUGUGGAGCUGCCAGCGCGCUGUGUGGCCGUGCAGGUGGGCGAGGCAGCUCAGGUGCUGUCAGGGGGCCGCCUCAGAGCCGCUGUGCACUGCGUGGUGCGACCAGGGGGGUGGGGUGGCGCUGCUGGGGGAGAGACAGAGGCAGGAGGAGCAGGGGCAGAAGCAGUAGCAGGGGCAGGCAAGGUAUUAAGCCCAGAGCAUGCAGUAACAGGUAGUGGUGUGGCGUCGGGUAGUGAGGGAGGCACAGCAGGCGUGGAAGGGGAUGUUGUGCAGUCAACCAUGCACAGGGUGCUUGAUAAGGCUCGUGAACCCUUUCAAGCGCAGGAAUCUUUACCAGAAGGAAGUGUGAGGAUCAGGGAAGGGCGCAGUGGCGAGGCUGCUCCUUGUUCAGCACGUGCCAUCCACCCCGCGCUCGUGCUUUCCAUGCCACUGCACGUGAAAUAG